AUGAAAUUAAAUUACUUAUUAUUAUCAUUUUGUUUAAUAUUAGUAUUAAAACAAAUUAACUAUUCAGUUGGUCAAACUAUCAAUUUUAUUCCAUUAUCACAAGAUGCUAGUGAUUAUUGCACAGAUGUAAAUCAAAUGGAUGGUAACGGUAUUGCAUAUUCAAUUAAAACUGGUUAUUGUUUUACAUUGGAUGGUUACAAUAGUCAUAUGAUUACAGCAGAUAAAGAUAACACAACAUUCACCCAUUACACUUAUGGCGUUGGUAAAGGUGGUAUUGCUCAAUGUGAUAAACCAAUCUCAACACUCGAAUUUGAAGAAUCUUAUUGUGUAUAUUCAUUUGUUUUCAAUUCACUCUACUCUGCCUACACUUCAUCCAUGAAAAUUAAUAUUACUUUCUCUGAUGGUAUGGCACCAUGGUACGAUAUUCCAAAUAAUUACUAUGUCACUGCUUUAUCAGAAUAUUGCAAUAAUCAAGAUAUUUUAUUAUUAGAAUAUACUGCUAGUGGUACAUCUGUUGAUUUGGGUAAUUCUCAAGAGUUAAAUUUAUUCUGUAACAAACAAAUUCCAUUUACUCAAUUAUGUGAAAAUAGUAUUCACUCUUCUGCUGGUUGUAAAGAUCCUGUAGAUACUCAAACAACUUGUUCAAAACAACCACAAAAAAAUCAAUUCAAAUCUAUUUAUUGUAGUGGUGGUGAUAUUUGA